AUGGAAAACUAUUCCCUAAUUAAUUAUCAAGACGACAUCAAUUUUGUAUGGUAUGAUAAUGAUCAAAACAUGAAUGAAGUAAAAUCUAACUUAGAGAACAAGAUCAAUUUUAAAAUAAAUUAUUAUACAAAUUUAGAAGUAUGUAUCGAUUACGUUGAAUCAAUUCAAUGGAAAAUGCAACGAAUAUUUUUUAUUACAUCAGCAUCAUGCUCGAAUGAUAUCAUUCCGAGAAUUCAUAAUUUGCGUCAAAUCGAUUCAAUUUUUCUCAUGUCAAACGAAGAUAUUGAUAUUGAAGAAAAAUAUUCAAAAAUAAUAGGAAUAUUUAUUCGAUAUGAUGAUUUGACAAGUUCAAUUCAACAGAAUAUUGAACUUUUAAAGAAUGAUAUGCAAACAUUUAGUAUUUAUAUUCAAAAUCAAAAAUCAAUACGUGAUUUAUCAAACGAAUCUGCAUCAUUUCUAUGGUUUAUUUUAUUUAAAAGUGUUAUUCUUGAAUUAUCACAAGAUAAAGAAGCAAAACAAGAUUUGAUUCAUAAAUUAAAAGAAUGCUAUCGAAAUAAUAAUCGACAAUUAAAGUUUAUUGAACAUUUUCAUAAAACAUUUCGAAUAGAAGAUUCAAUCAAGUGGUAUACAGGACAGCCAAUUAUUUAUAAAACAAUAAAUCGAUCAUUAAGAACAGAGGACAUUAAUGAAUUAUAUUCGUAUAGAUAUUUUAUUGCAUCUCUAUCGAGAAAUCUAUGCGAUCAAUAUAAUCUUAUCAAAGAUUGCGGCGCUAAACUUACACUUUAUCGUGGCACACGUUUGUCAAAUAAUGAAAUUGAUAGGUUGAAAACUAGCAAAGGGAAUUUAAUAUCAACGAAUCUCCCUCGGACAAAAAAAACGCCCUUUUUCCAUUUCAUUUUUGCAUCACUUAAUAAGUUGUUUUAGAAAAACAAAAUAUACCAGGAGAUGCAGCGUGAAAAGAACUACAAUGUGCAAA